GACACAGAUGACAGAUGGACCUGUGAAUAGAACAGCUUGUAUAAACAUGGAGAAAGACAAGAUGACAGACAGACAAACACACAGGUACAAUAAAAGGCAAUACACUGCACGGAAAACAGAAAUUAAAAUAGGAAGACAAGCUGCCGUGCUGAGACGGUUGAACUGCAGACAGAGAUCACAGCAGAGUGAGUGAGAGUGAAAGUCUAGAAGCCAAAGAACAAGAAGGAGGAGGCCAUGUCAUGAGAAAGAGUGGGUAAGGGAGAGACUGAAAAACAGUUCAGGCAAUUGGAUGAGGAAGUAGUGAUGGUGAGUACAUGGGUGUGGUUGCUUAGCAGUUACCCCAUCAGCCUUUCAGAAGUGACAUACAGAGGAAACCACCGUGGAUAAUGAGGCCGUGGAUGAAUCUCUGGACUCAGGCACCUCACAGGAUGGAUACUAAGAUGUGUUUGACUUCCUUGAGCUUCUUCCUGCUUCUCAUUUUAAAAGUGUCAAGGGCUCAGACUACCGCAACCACGGAUCAAAUGCAGUCUGUGAGCAACAUGGCAAACUCAGCAAUGCCCACUGCUCCAACUCCUACUGAAAGGAGGGAAGCAGAGUCACCAGAGAUGUUGACGCCUCCCCAGAAACUCUCGGUGCUGAACAAACCACAAGCAAACACAUUAGAACCAGCAGCCCGGUCUAUGUCAACACCACCAAACCAGAGAUUAAAAAUUCAACAGCAUCCAUUAAGGGAACAACAAAACCUCAAACAAAGCGCACCCCCCCUUCAGGAUCUACACCAACAUCCUCCCCAUCUACAAAUAAGAGUACCACCACAGUUGCAUGGGAUCCACGUUGGGACACAGAUUUCACCUAUGAUUAUGAGUCCCUGCGCUAUGCUGGACUGUUCAUUGCAGCAGUACUUUUCAUUGUGGGCAUCAUGGUUGUUAGCUGUGGCAGGGUCUGUCGGCUGCCUAGCUGUCGCAAGAAGUCAUCUAAAACAUAUCGAGUGGUCCAAGGAUAAGGAGAGGGAGAGAGCAUGUAUACAUAGUACAAAGUUGCAAGAAACCAAGCAGGAGUUUAAAGGAAAAACACUCAACCAAAACCUGGCAGCAUGUGUGUGAAUCUGGACUCUGGACUAAAUGUAUGCUGCUUGGUAACAGUGUCAUAUACUGUAGAAAAACACUGAAUAAACAUAGAAAACAAAUUGUUCUGACAAGUGGAAAAAAAAACUAGAACCAUCAUGUGCUUCAUCUUUGUCUAAUGUAAUUUGUAUUAAAAAGAAAAUCACUAAAAAACUAAUGGGAUUAUUUGGAAAAUUAUGAAGAGAUGAUUCACACAUUAUUUUAAGAACACCUCCGGCCAUGAAGCAGGCUUGUUUCUAAUGACCUUUGUAUCUUGUAACCGAUAACAGCCAUAGGCAGUGUCUCACAGCCAGGAUUAUUAUUAAAGGUUAUGAAGAAUAACCCAAUAACAUCACAUAUUUGACAAUUUUGCACAUCAGUUAUAUUCUGUCUGGAUCUAAAAUUGAAGCUGGCUCACUUUCUCUUUCUGAAAGAUACUGCACGCUUUUUACACUUUCAAUCUCAACAAAAUGUGAUGUUUAGUAAGGGGUGUCUAAGCCUCUUAGUGGCUCUGUGCUUGUAAAUGAGUAAAGCCCCUAGAUUAAA